UGUCGGUAUCGUAGUAUGGCGUCGGGUAGCGAGAGUGCGAAGAAGUUGGGUGGCCCUUCUCCUUCGGGGGAAGAAUCUUCGGAAAGUGAUGAAGAAACUGAACCGGCAAAAUCCUUUCACAGAAGAGUGUCCACGAAUCGCGAAAUAAACAGUUCGGCUUCCAUCAAAGAGGGAUAUUUACUGAAGCAGACGUGGUCGUUCCAGAGAUGGAGAAGAAGAUAUUUCAAGCUGAAGGGACGCAAAUUAUAUUAUGCCAAAGAUACAAAG